CUCGACGGCGGCAACCCAGCCUCCCUCCUAACGCCCUCCGCCUUUGGGACCAACCAGGGGAGCUCAAGUUAGUAGCGGCCAAGGAGAGGCGCUGCCUUGCCAAGACUAAAGAGGGAGGGGAGAAGAGAGGGAAAAAGCAAGAAUCCCCCACCCCUCCCCCGGGCGGAGGGGGCGGGAAGAGCGCGUCCUGGCCAAGCCGAGUAGUGUCUUCCACUCCGUGCGUCUCUCUAGGAGCGGCGCGGGAAGGAUGCUGGUCCGCAGGGGAGCGCGUGCGGGGCCCGGGAUGCCGCGGGGCUGGACCGCGCUUUGCUUGCUGAGUUUGCUGCCCUCUGGGUUCACGAGUGCCAACACCACCAGUACUGUUACCCCAAAGUCACCUACCCAGGGAACAUUUUCAACUGUUUCUACAAGUGUAUCAUACCAAGAAACUGCAAUACCUAGUACCCUCGGAAGUACCAGCCCACACCCUGUGUCUCAACAUGGCAAUGAGGCCACAACAAACAUCACAGAAACUACAGUCAAAUUCACAUCUACCUCUGUGAUCACCUCAGUUUAUGGAACCACAAACUCUUCUGUUCAGUCACAGACCUCCGUAAUCACCACAGUGUUCACCACCCCAGCCAACAUUUCAACUCCAGAGACAACCUUAAAGUCUAGCUUGUCACCUGGAAAUGUUUCAGACCUUUCAACCACAAGCACUAGCCUUGCAACAUCUCUCAUUAAACUGUAUACAUCGUCUUUUCCUUUCCCAAGUAUCAUCAAGACAGAAAUCAAAUGUUCAGGCAUCAAAGAAGUGAAAUUGACUCAGGGCAUCUGCCUGGAGCAAAAUGAGACCUCCAGCUGUGCGGAGUUUAGGAAGGACAGGGGAGACGACCUGGCCCAAGUGCUGUGUGAGGAGGAGCAGGCUGAUGCUGAUGCUGGGGCCCAGAUAUGCUCCCUACUCCUUGCCCAGUCUGAGGUGAGGCCUCAGUGCUUACUGCUGGUCUUGGCCAACAGAACAGAAAUUUCCAGCAAACUCCAACUUAUGAAAAAGCACCAGUCUUACCUGAGAAAGCUGGGGAUCCUAGGUUUCACUGAACAAGAUGUUGCAAGCCACCAGAGCUAUUCCCGAAAGACCCUGAUUGCGCUGGUCACCUCGGGAACCCUGCUGGCUGUCUUGGGCAUCACUGGCUAUUUCCUGAUGAAUCGCCGCAGCUGGAGUCCCACAGGAGAAAGGCUGGGCGAAGACCCUUAUUACACGGAGAACGGUGAAGGCCAGGGCUAUAGCUCAGGACCUGGGACCUCCCCUGAGGCUCAGGGAAAGGCCAGUGUGAACCGAGGGGCUCAGGAAAACGGGACCGGCCAGGCCACCUCCAGAAACGGCCAUUCAGCAAGACAACACGUGGUGGCUGAUACCGAAUUGUGACUCGGCUAGGUGGGGCAAGGCUGGGCAGUGUCCAAGAGAGCACCCCUCUCUGCAUCUGACCACAUGCUGCCUCCAUGCUGGAGGUGACAUCUCUUACGCCCAACCCUUCCCCACUGCACACACCUCAGAGGCUGGGGCCCUACACCUUGAAGAGGGGCAGGUAAACUCCUGGCCUUUACACAUUCGGCUCCCGGGAGCCAGACUCUGGUCUUCUUUGGGUAAACGUGUGAUGGGGGAAAGCCAAGGUCUGGAGAAGCUCCCAGGAAUGAUUGAUGGCCUUGCAGCACUCACACACGACCCCCUUCCCCUUCCCCCCUCCUCUCUGCCUCAUUACAGGAACCCCUAGGGGAAAGAUGGGCUUUUCUAGGCUACAAUUUUCUCCCAGGAAGCUUUGAUUUUUACUGUUUCUUCCCUAUAUUUUCUUUCUCUACUUUGAGGAAAUCAAAGUAACCCUUUGCACCUGCUCUC